ACAGGCCUGGGCCGCGGGAGACUAGGUCACGGAUUCCUCUCCGGUCCCCAGCCGGACCGGCCCACCGGCGUGCCCGUGGCGCCAUGGAGCCUUCGGAGAAGAAGAUCUCGGUGUGGAUCUGCCAGGAGGAGAAGCUGGUGUCCGGCCUGUCCCGCCGCACCACCUGCUCGGACGUGGUGCGCGUGCUGUUGGAGGACGGCUGCCGGCGGCGACGGAGGCAGCGGCGGGGCCCGCGCCGGGGGCUGACCGAGGAUGACCCGGAACCCCCGGACGCACACGACGAGGACGACGGCGAGGACGACGACGACGAGGACGACGACGAGGUGCUGCCGCAGGGCAUGCUGUGCGGACCCCCGCAGUGCUAUUGCAUCGUGGAGAAGUGGCGCGGCUUUGAGCGCAUCCUGCCCAACAAGACGCGCAUCUUGCGCCUCUGGACAGCCUGGGGGGACGAGCAGGAGAACGUGCGCUUCGUGCUGGUGCGCAGCGACGCGUCCUUACCCAACGCCGGCCCGCGCAGCGCCGAGGCCCGCGUGGUGCUCAGCCGCGAGCGGCCCGGCCCGACCCGGGCCACCCCGGCGCGGCCCAGCCUGGCCCUGACCCAGGAGAAGCAGCGGCGCGUGGUGCGCAAGGCCUUCCGCAAGCUGGCUAAGCUUAACCGGCGGCACCAGCAGCCGCCGCCGUCGCCCGGUUCGUCCACCUCAUCGUCCACCGCCUCGUCCCGCUCGUCGCCGCCGAGGGUCCCCGAGAGCGCGUCUCUGGAGCGCAUGGAGACGCUGGUGCAUCUGGUGCUGUCGCAGGACCACACCAUCCGCCAGCAGGUGCAGCGGCUCCGCGAACUGGACCGCGAGAUCGACCGCUACGAGGCCAAGGUGCAUCUGGACCGCAUGCGGCGGCACGGCGUCAACUACGUGCAGGAUACUUACUUGGUGGGGGCGGGCCUCGAGCCGGACGGGACGACCCCGGGAGAGGAGCCCGACGCGGCGGCGGCCGAGGCCGAGGCGGCGGCGCCCUUGGACGGCCAGGCGCAGGCGGCGGCGCUGGAGGAGCUGGCCCGGCGCUGCGACGACCUGCAGCGGCUGCAGGAGCAGCGGGCCCAGCAGGAGGAGAUGCUGGAGCGCCUGUCCGCCGAGAUGCAGGAGGAGCUGAACCAGCGGUGGAUGCGGCGGCGCCAGGAGGAGCUGGCGGCGCGGGAGGAGCCCCCGGAGCCCGACGGCGGGCCGGAUGGAGAGCUGGCACUGGAGCAGGAGCGGGUCAGGACGCAGCUCAGCACCAGCCUCUACAUCGGGCUGCGGCUCAGCACGGACCUGGAGACGGUCAAGGCGGACUUGGAUUACAGCCAGCAGCAGUGGGACAGCAAGGAGCGGGAGCUGCAGGCUCUCCUCCAGACUUUGCGCACUUUGGAGCGGGAUGUGGCUCUCGGUUCUGGCGGACCCUCGAGGGAACCACGGCUUCAGACUUGCGCGGAGGUGUGGGUGGAUCAGGCCCGUGGACUGGCCAAGAGCUGCCCUGGCAACGACGAGGACUCGGACACUGGGCUGAGUUCCAUGCACAGCCAGGACUCGGACUCGGUACCCCCAGUAUGUGAAUCCCUCGUGUAGGAGGAGCAGGGAGGGCCCCCCUACAGAACCCCCCACUUCCGUUGAGUACAGCAUGCGCUGGCCCGCAGGCUUGGGACUUGAAAUGAGGCUGGGGUGAGCAUCCCCGCAGCAGAGCUCCCUGUGGUCUGGUUUGGGUAGAGCAGUAGGGGACGCCUGCAUGUCAGCGUGGUCCUCUGUCUCCUGGGUGGAUGUGGAGGAGGGUCAGGGAUGAGAAAACCUGGGGUGCCUUCCAAGCUCUUAAAGGGGGUGGGAGAAAGAGAUGAGGGUACUCCCCCCCCCAUUUUGAUAAAAGACUCUACCCCAGGGAAGUCGACGUGGUCCAAGCCCAUUUUCAACACAAGAUAAAAUACUAGGGUAACUUUACCAUCCUUCUAUAUGGGAAGGACUGAUGGCAUCUGGAAUUGUAGUUUGUGGCAUGAAGUGCUCUUAAAAGAAACGCAGGGAUGAAAAGGAAAUUCCUUGAAUGUUAAUUGUGACGGCAAACGUGUUAAAACUAGCCAAAGAGGACGCACUGGGGUUGGUCUCAGUCUUGCUAACAUCUGACAAAACCUAUAAGCACCAGGAUCCUGGCUGUUUACAUUUCUGCAGAUGUGGGAAUUACCCAUCUGCGGCAUCAUUUGCCUUUUCUUUCUUUCAAAGGCUAAACUGUACUGAAGUCGAACUGUAUUUCCUCCACAGCUGAAUGCAGUAUGUGUUAAAUGGGGUCCUUUCCCCCAAAUAACCAUUUUUUUCUUUUUGAGGUAGGGUCUCACUGUAGCCCAGGCUGACCUGAAAUUCACUAUGUAGUGUCAGGCUGGCCUAGAACUCACAGCGAUCCUCCUCCUACCUCCUCUGACUAUUGAGUGCUGAGAUUAAAGAGGGUUUGGGAUUAAAGGCAUGCGUGCACCACCAUGCCUGGCCCAAAUAACCUUUUUACUAUUACAAAAGCCAAAAACCCAUAGCCCCUUUGAGAUAUAAACUCCUGGCAAACAUAAUCCCUGGUUAAAAUUUAAUCUGCUCUUCUUUGAGUUGCGUUCCUGUCGACAGCUGCGUUGGCGUUUCAUUCACGCUGCCACUCCGGUGACUCAGUCACAGUCAUUUAAGAAAAAAUAAAGAGGGAAGUUACAAGAACUUCUUAUGCACAACUGCAUUUGCUGUUUUAACGAGCACUUUGGUGUAAAGUAAGACUUGAAAGCCAAGAUCUUUGCAUAGUGUUUAACUGUUAACUUGAGCUCUGUGAUUAAAACCAGUCAUGACCUUGGUGAUUUCUA